GCAACCCCUACUCCUUCUUUCUUAACCUCCACCCCCUGGCGCAGUAUAGCUUCGUUCCCCAUUUCAAAACCCAAGAAAUCCCUCCAAAUUCUCUCUCUCUACCCCUCAAGAACCAGCCAAGCCAUGGCGCUCAGCUUCUUCGUUUUCCUCACUUUCGCUCUCUUCUCUCUCUCUCUCGUGGCCAGAACCACCACCACCACCGUUGGCGUCACCUUCUCCUCCGCCACUUCCGCCACGCACACCAAGCCACUGUCGCCGGAGCAGAUAGCAUCCACGGUGAAGUCUCUAGGUUUUGGCUCCGUCCGUCUUGAGGUUUCGGACCCAGCAAUGGUCCGAGCUUUCCUUUACUCCAACACCACGCUCCUCCUCACGAUUCCGAACCACCAGGUUCCGGUAAUCGCCGCGAACAGGUCCAACGCCGUGCGGUGGCUCUACGUUAACGUGGUACCUUUCUUCCCGAGAGCCAAGAUCACCACCAUUUCCGUCGGCAACGACCUUCUAGAAUCUACCCCGAGCUUCUCGAGCUUCCUGAUCCCGGCGAUCAGGAACAUCCACCUGGCGCUUCGCGAUCUCGGGAUCCGCAAGAUCUCCGUCUCGACGACUUUCUCAUUCAUCAAUGCCGUCACGACGUCGUUUCCGCCUUCCUCCGCGGUUUUCCAAGAACCGGCUCUGGAAAUCGUGAUCAGGCCGCUGCUUCAGUUCUUGCGCGACACCAAUUCGUCUUUCUUGGUCAACAUCUACCCCUACAAUCUCUACAGGCUCCACGGCGAGAUCCCAAUUGGGUAUGCUCUGUUCCAGGAACACCCUUUCAACUUCAGGGACGAUUUGACCACCGGAGUCCGGUACCGGAAUCUUUUCGAUAUGAUGGUGGAUGCCGUGGUAAGCGCCAUGGCCGUCGCUGGCCACGAGAAUAUUCCGGUGGUCGUGACGGAGACUGGGUGGCCGAGCUCCAGCGCGGAUCCGACUGAGGUGGAAGCCAACGCUGCGUACGCCGAGAUGUACAUCAAAGGUUUGGUGAAGCAUCUGAAAUCGGGGAUAGGAACCCCACUGAGGAAGGAAGGUGUAUCGGAGGCUUAUGUGUACGAGCUGUUCGACAAGGAAGUGAAAACCGGUGCGACUCCGCAUGGACGCAGUUGGGGAAUUCUGUAUCCGAAUAUGACCAACAAGUAUGAGAUUGAGUUUUCUGGGUCGUAUAGAAACUAUCAGGGAAGAAAUUCUCUGGAGCUGAUUGUUGGGUUGUUCUUGGUUUUUGCUCUCUUCCAUGGCUUCCUUGUUUUUCCUCUGCUGUAGAGAGUUUUUUGGGUUCCCUUUUUUUCUACUGAAUUUGAGGCUUCCUCUGUGAAUAACUUCGAAAAAAAAAAAAAGUAUAGCUUGUGCUUUUGCAGAAAGCGUUUGAUGUGGGUUGGUGUUUUUUUGCUCUAUGCUGUAGAGAUUGUAAGCCAGUACCACUUCGAUGUCUUUUUUUGUGUAGAAAAGUCAAUUGUAUAUUACGAGGGAAUUAAAAAAGUUUUCUUUUUGAAAAUCUCAUUUGUACCACUGAUUGAUGUACUUCGGAAUGAA